AUGAUCAGUGAUGCCUAUAAGUCUCCUUUGAUAUCUAAACAACUUGAUGACGGUGAUCAAGUGAUACACCGAAAGGUGAAAAGCAAACUGGCUACUGAACUACCAAAACAGCAGUCUGCAACUUCUUUGUCAGUGAAAGACGCUGCUAAAUCUUUGGAAUAUCUCCAGAAGGGAGAGCAAGCCUGUAAAGAGGACCGUUUUGAAGAUGCUUCGUACCUGUACACCUUGGCAAUUCUUAACGCUCCUGACGCACCUUUGAAAGGCAGCAGCAGUUUUGUGGAGAAUGCUGCUGACUCAGCAGUGUCAGUGCUGGCACUUGCUCACGAGAAGCGAUCCGCUGUCUUCUUUCAGCUGCACCAGUGGUCUGACUGCCUAGUGGACAUUGACUGUGCCAUCGAAGCCGACGACAAGUACACAGGUGGUCGAUCGCUCGCCUACCGUGCACUGCUCAUUCGCAAAGUGGAGUGCCUCAUUGCAGUCGGCCAGUACAGUGAAGCUCGUCGUCUCUGGGCCACUGAGUCGGUGCUCACCUCGAUCGAAAACCCCUCCGGUCCAGAGGCGGAUCGUGCACAAGUGGAGCGCCUGAAGCAUCUCCACUUUUACUUUGAAGAGAACUAUGGCUCUACAAAGAAGGAGGAGGCUGACUUCAAUCCACUUCUGAAGACGGUGACUUGUCUGAUGAACAGCGGACAGUACGAGCCGUCGGCUGGCGCCAUCUCACUCAGCGCCAAAGUGAAGCCCAUUUACUGUGGAAAAGAAAAUGGUUCAUCUGCAGCUGUGGUGGCCACCAGCCACAUCGGUAAGGGCGAAGUGGUCUCCGUGGAGGCGCCCUACCUCGCUGCACUGUACGAGCAGUACGAGCUGCUCUUCUGUCACUUCUGCUGCGUCAAUUUGGAAAGCACUCACCCAAAAAGUGGUCGUCUUCAGGUGGCCGGUCCUGUGGUUCCUUGUACUACAUGCACUCAAGUGCUCUACUGCUCGUCCGCCUGCCGUGACAUCAGCUGGUCAGCCUUUCACCGAUUCGAGUGUGCCAUUCUGCCGAAACUGCAUCAUCUGAGUAGCGGUGCUCAUCUGGCGCUGCGCAUUCUCCUCAGCACCGGACUGAAGACGAUUGAUCAGGCGAUCAAAAAUGAGCAAGAAGUUUCAGGUCUGGAGCCAGCUGAUUUGGUGUCGCUGUACAGUCAACUGUACAGUGCUCAGUCUGGAAUGAAACUGACUGAUGGCCUGUGCAGCACAGCCGACGAGCUGAUGGACCUUGCAAAGCAGUGCGGCUUCUUCACCACCACCACCACUACCAAGGAAGUAGAACUAGCAAGCCACGUUCUACUUCGCCACCUUCUUCAGUUGGAAGUUGGCAGUCGUGUUCGCCGUCCGGUGUCCGUCUUCAUGGCCUCUCCGCCCUAUCCUUCAGCUGUCUACCGCGAGGUGGCCAUUGCCGAGGCGCUUUACCCAAUAGGUGCUCUCUUUCAGCAAUCUGAUGUUGAAGGGGACAGCAACGUGCAGGUCAAUUUUGUCAACGGCCACCAGAUGAUCGUCAGUGCUGCCCGAGAGAUUGCUUUCGGAGAGAAGCUGCUCAUGCCAGCGGGACUUCAGCAAGCGGUUCUGAAUGAACAACAGUAG